GGAGUGACAGAUGCUCCUCAUCUCAAAGAAUUUAUGACAUUUAAAUAUAAUCCUACCUUUAUUCCAAUCUUGUAGUUUAGGAGAAACAAAAAGGGUGGCUAAAUCAUGAGUGGAGGUUUAGUUCCAAGUAAAAGUACUGUUUAUAUUUCAAACCUACCUUUUGAUUUGAAAAAUAAUGAUCUUCACAAAUUAUUUGAAAAACAUGGAAGAAUAAUAAAGGUGACUGUCGUGAAAGAAAGAGAUUCAAGGAGAAGCAAAGGUAUAGCAUUCAUUCUAUUUCUGAAUCCAGAAGAUGCUAGAAAAUGUGUUGAGGAAACCAAUAUGAAACAAAUGUUCGGUAGAACACUGAAAGCGAGUGUUGCUAAGGACAAUGGCAGGACCACAGAGUUUAUCAAAAGAAAGGAAUAUCCUAAUAAAACAAGGUGCUAUGAAUGUGGAGAGUUUGGACAUUUGAGCUAUAAAUGUGAAAAAAAUUUACUUGGUGCACGAGAACCUCCUCCAAAGAAAACCCGAAAAAGAAAAAAGAAAGAAGCCGGUGCAAUCAAAUUGACAAAAGAACAACAAGAUUAUUUUAAAAGUAGUGAUGAGGAAGCCGAAGAAAAUAUGUCAGAACCAGAAGACUGUGAAACUUUGAGUGCAGCUAUAGCUUUCGAGCAAGAAAAACAAGAACUGGAAGAAUACAGAUAUAAAGUAGCAACAGGAAAUUAUAUGGAGGAAAACCAGAACAAUGUGAGCUCAAAGAAAAAAAUCAGGAAAAGCAACUAUUUUAGUGAUGAAGAAGAAAGUGAUUGAAGUCAAGGAUGCGUUUAUUAAUUUGGAGCUCAGAUAACAAUGUUCUUGCCCAGAAAGAUUGCGAAGUUUAGGAAGGAAAUAAAUUAUAUAUAGUGAGUUGUGGUGUUUUAGACACCUUUGUGAUGAAAUAAAUCUAGUGAGUUAUCCAUCUUUCCCGCCAUCUCUAGAUUUUGAAAAUGUUUUCCUUAAAACUUGCCCUGCCUGAACCACCUCAUUUUGUAUCCAAAUAACCCCAUAUUUGUCCAUUAUUAUCAUCACUCUACACUGGUUAAAUGAAUGCAGGUCUAAUAAGAUGACUAUACAAAUAUAGAAAAUACAUUUCCA